AUGACUUUACCAAUACCUUCGGAUGCAUCUAUCCUUUCCUUACCGCCUUUCAUUCAAGUCCAGGGUGUGAUAAACAUCCGUAUGGUUGGAGGAUACAAAACCGCGACGCCUUCGACAAUAGUUAAACCUGGGACUGUAUUCAGAUGCGGAGAACUAUCAUACUUAACGGAGAAUGGCAAACAACAGCUGAUCUCGCAUGGAAUCCGCCGCAUCUUCGAUCUUCGCUCAGAUACAGAGAUAUCGUCCUACAGCACAGCUACUCCUGAUAUCGAGGGAGUCGCAUCUGUCCGUGUAGCAAUAAGCGAGGAGAAUACCUUCGAUCCUACGAACCUUGCUCUACGUCUACAAGCCUUCGACAGAGAUGAAAUUCAAACAUUUUUAGAAGUAUACGAAGAGAUCUUGACCAUCGCCGGUCCGGCCUUUAAUGCGAUCUUGCGACAUUUAAUCGACAAACCGGAGGAACCGAUUCUGGUGCACUGUACAGCUGGUAAAGAUCGAACGGGGCUGGUAUGCGCGGUGCUUUUAAUGAUCCUUGGAGUUGAUGAUCAGGAUAUCGUAAACGAUUAUGCUCUCACGACGCAUGGUCUCGAGCCUGCUAUUCCGAUGUUUACCGCGCGACUGGAAAGAAAUCCGGUGUUCCGCAGUAAUUUUGAAGGGGCGGUCAAGAUGGGCAGUUCGAGGCCAGAGACAAUGGUUGCGACCCUCCAGAUGAUACGGGAGAAGUUUGGUGGUGCGGAAGGAUAUAUCAAAGCAUAUACCAGUCUAGGUGACGAGGAUAUAGAGAUCUUGCGUCAAAGACUUCUCGUCGCCGCGUAG